AUGAAGACUUCUCCGUAUCUAGCCUUUGUUUCGCUUGCGACGAUGGCCGUAGCGACAGUGCCAGGAUUCGAUAUCUCCGGGUGGCAGACGUCUACUGACUUUGCCAAGUCAUACGCAAACGGAGAUCGUUUUGUGUACAUCAAGGCUACGGAAGGUGCAACAUUCGAAAAUCCUCUUUUCUCGAAGCAAUAUACCGGUGCUACAAAUGCCGGUCUUAUCCGUGGUGCCUAUCACUUUGCCCGACCGGCAUCUUCGUCCGGGGCCGCACAGGCUCGUUUCUUUGCUGCAAAUGGAGGAGGUUGGUCCAACGAUGGCAUCACCCUGCCUGGCGCGCUGGACAUUGAGUACAACCCCAGUGGCGCCACCUGCUACGGGCUGUCCAAAACCGCGAUGGUGAACUGGGUCGAGGACUUUGUGUCAACAUACCAGGCUUUGACAGGUCGCUGGCCUGUCAUUUACACCACUCUUGACUGGUGGACCCAGUGCACUGGCAACAGUGCCAAGUUUGGAUCUCGAUGCCCGCUGUGGGUGGCGCGAUAUGCAAGUGCUGUCGGUCAAAUCCCCGCAGGUUGGAGCGUUCACACUAUAUGGCAAUACAACGCGAAGUACCCUCAAGGUGGAGACUCUGAUCUAUUCAACGGCGACGUGACUCGCCUUAAGGCUCUUGCUUCUGGGGGCUGA